AUUAUCGCGUGAGGAUGCGCGCGCGCAGGACAGCACAGGACGAGGAGGAACUUUGCGGAACCAAAGAGGAGGACGAGCAACAACGUCAACUACCAGAUGCUGUUUUGAGGCCUCCGAUUGUGUUACGCAGAACAGACGACAGUGAAGGAGAUCUUCGUCCUGAGCAGCAGCAGCAGCCAGAGCCCCGCUUCAUCAAAAAGGAGGAGGAGCCAGAGACGCCACACAUCAAAGAAGAAGAGCAGGAGGGUGAAAUCACCAAGCUUCCAUUGACCGGUGUCAUUGUGAAGAGUGAAGAAGAUGACGGAGACCACUGGGGAGCAUCGCAAGCAGACGGCCUAUUAGCGCCACUGUCAGAUAGUGACGACAUAACAUCGCACUCUUCGGACCCUGAUGACGACGAUGACCGUGGUGAUGACGCUAACGAUCAUGCUAGUGAUGAUGAGAAACACUCGACAGGCGUGAUGACAUGCCACGCUGCCAGCCAGUGCGUUCAAUGUUCUCACUGUAACAAAAGUUUUCGGAACAAUUCUGCGUUAAAGGCACAUACAAGAGCACACACUGGGAAAAAGACGUUUGUCUGCUCAGUUUGCGGUAAAAUGUUCUCUACAAAGGGAGCUUUAAAAAUACACACCAGAGCACACACCGGAGAAAAACCUUUUGGCUGCUUAAUUUGUGGUAAAAGAUUCUCCAUAAAGGAAAAUUUAAAAAUGCACACAAGAACACACGCUGGAGAAAAACCUUUUGCCUGCUCGGUUUGUGGUAAAAGAUUCACUCAGAAGGGAGGUUUAAGAAUACACACACGAACACACACUGGUGAGAAACCUUUUGCAUGUCCGGUGUGUGGUAAAAGUUGCACGAACAAGUCAAAUCUAACAAAGCACACAACAACGCACACAGGAGAAAAACCGUUUGCAUGCUCAGUUUGUGGUAAAAGAUUCUCCUUGAACGGAGAUUUAACAAAACACACAAGAACGCACACCGGAGAGAAACCUUUUGCCUGCUCAGUUUGUGGUAAACGAUUCGCUCAGAAGUCAAAUUUAACAAUGCACACAAAAAUACACGCUGGUGAGAAAGCAUUCAGCUGCAGUGUGUGCAAGAGAAGAUUCCAUGUCAAGUACGAUGUGAAGAGACACAAGUGUGCUGGUGAGAAGGGCAGCGGUUCAUGAAGCUGCAGGACAAACCGAAGAAGCUGAGGCUGUGUUGGUGAUGUUUGACUCGUUCCAUCCUCCCGCAUCGCGAUACGGCAGAACCUCGGUUCACAAAUGUCCUGGCUUGCAAACAACUUUGUCCAUGUACUAAAUGUUUGGAGAACAAUUUUGUCGAGUUUUACUCUAUUUUCAGUUUGCAAAAAGUUGUGAUUUUUUUUUUACCCCUGCACCCGUCUUUCUCUGUGAUGUCCAUGUUUGUGAUCUCCGCCCAGUUUGGUUCUUCAAAAUUUACCAUCUAUACUAUUUUAUUCAACAUAAUAAUAAAUAUAAUUUGUGUA